AAGUAUAUAUGUAUUAUUAUUAUUAUGUACCGAAGUUUGUUUUAGUUAUUAUAAAUGUUUCACAACGCAUAUGGGUUAUGCUACGUCCACGUUUUUGGUAUGUCGUCGUGCUAUGGGUGCACAUCCAAGAUAACAGAGAACUGAUUCUCAGCUGUUCUGGUUACUGCAAUGAAUGGUAACACUAUCCAUCAGGCUACGACCACAGCUUCGGUUUCAGCGCCUCGUGGCUGGAGGGAGUUCUGCGAGUUGCAUGCCAUUGCCACGGCCCGAGAACUAGCCAACCACUACUGGAACUUUGCCAGGGAGUGGCCAGUGCACGAUGUCGUCCCACCAGACAGCUUCUCCAAGCAGUUCAAUGAGCUGUUCCAGCAGCACUUCCACAGUGAGGUGGCCAAAGAACUCCCUGUAUCGACCCCUCCCCCCCUUCCCCCUCCCCCCAUGAUGGGCCGGCUCCGCAUCACCACCACCUCCGGGGCACUGGACUACAGGGAGGCGGGCCGGCCUGGCGUGCUGGCCCCAAAGACGGAGCCCGUGCCGACGAGCCGGGAGCAGGGGAACCCCAUCCGGUGCUCGGCAGCCAACCCGGUGCUACGAGCUCGAGCUCCCAUCCGGAGCCGCAGCCAGGAGGAGGUGUCUGUGUCGGAGGGGCGGCCUGCAUCUGAACGGUACACCCCCACCUCGACUUCCUUCUCCACUGCUGCUGAAGUUACGCACUUCUCUGUCAGCCAGAUCAGGAAAAGCGUGUGCCGUCUCUUUAAGAAGCGCCCGCCGCCCCUUCAGGACCUGCAGCCCAGCAGGCCGGUGGACAGGGGAAUGGGUGGGGCACUGGAGGAAGUGACGGCCUUAUCGUCGUCAGCGCUGUCUGGGAACCCCUCCCACGAGACCACGCCCUCUGCCUUCCCCACGUUGACGGCGAGCCACUUCCUAGAACGGCUGAAUAGCAGGUUUGUCCGUAGGCAGAGUGGGAAGCGCAGGCCGCAGGCUGCAAGCAGCUGCAAGGAGGGCCAGCUGAAGUACCUGGUGGUUGACGACACUAUCUCGGACACACAGCAUCGCUGGCAGCGCUGCCGCCUGCUUGUGAGGAAGAUCAGAGAGGGCCUGGCAGGAGAGAGGUUCCAGCUGGAGCUCUACGACCCCCCCAAGGGCUCCAGUCCUAAACUGACAGCACCUUGCUCAGACAUCCUGGAGAUCCGCCGCUGCAACUGUCUGGAGAUGCCUGACAACACAAACACGUUUGUUCUAAAGGUUAAUCACUAUCCAGGUAGUCUCAUAUUUGAGACCGACAAUGACCAACAGGUCAGCUCCUGGACAACAGAAAUUAAAGAAUGGAUAAACAACAGGUCUGGAAGCGGGGAUUUGGAAUGUCUAACCUACCCUAUGGACAAUGCUGCGACGGCCAACCGGAGAGGGAGCUCCGAGUCAGGGAGUCAGGGCUCUGCGACCUUUGCCCUCUCGGAGCAGGUGUACCAUAAGACUGACCACUUCCUGUGUUUGUACCCCUGGUUCCACGGCCCCAUCUCGCGGGUCAAGGCUGCCCACCUGGUCCAGAACUCGGGCCUGGAGGGCCACGGAGUCUUCCUGGUGAGGCAGAGUGAGACCCGCCGCGGAGACUAUGUCCUCACCUUCAACUACCAGGGCAAGGCCAAGCACCUGCGUCUGUCUCUAACAGAGUGUGGUCAGUGUAGGGUGCAGCAUCUGCGCUUCCCCUCCGUCAUGGACAUGCUCAGUCACUUCCGCCUCUACCCCAUACCCCUGGAGUGUGUCGCUGCCUGCGACGUCACCCUCACCAGCUUUGUGGUGACCAAUUCUACCGCACAAGGUCAGAGUUCAUCCGCUGUCCUGGUUCCAUUCUCCCUGCACCGCUGGAGCUCCGAACCCAGCCUAGCCCACUGCAGCCCCAGCCUGCUCCCCUCUCCAGACCCCCUGCCCCAGCCCAGGCUCCCUCUCCUACGCCCUGCUCCCUUCCCAGACCUUUCCACCUCGGGUCCCCUGCGUCGGAGCGAGUCUGUGGGCCGCAGACCUCUGCUGCGUCACCCCAACCCCCACCCACCCCUCACUCAACGGGACUCCGACUACGAACUGGAGCCAGACAGAGGCCGCAAGCGGGCCAUCGACAACCAGUACAUGUUCCUCUAACCGGGGCCACAAGCGGUCCAUCAACAACCAGUACAUGUUCCUCUAACUGGUGGACCCCCGGUCACAGCCGACCCAGUGGUGGCUCUGAGACUCCAAACGAGCGAAGGACAGACUCAUGAGUGAACGUGUAUGCCACAGUGGAGGUCUGUCUCGUGGGGUGGAUGUCAGAGGUCCGACCCGAGUGUCCAUUGUGAAUGUAUUUUUAGGAAAGUGUCUAAUCUUGUUAUGAUUGUCAUUUUCUGAAGCGGCUGUCGUGGUCCUUCUAAGGGACGUUGCUACAUGGGAGUGAGUGGCGCUGGUGUGGAAGGUCUUCCCUCAGUCCCUCCCUUCACACAUACACACUCCAUUUUAAAGUGUAUUCUAAUGUUCUUUGAUACGCUGUGUAUUAGUGUAUCUCAAAUGCACACAUUGUGUACUUUUAAACACUGUGUAUUUUAGGACGCAGACUAUUUUUGUAGGAAUAUAUGAAGGUGUUGAAAAAUAAAUAAAAAAAACCUUAACUGUGA